UCGCAGUGGGUUUGGCAGAAUUGCAGUUUGCCCUUCUCCUCUCCUCUCCUCUCCUCUCCUCAAUCGGAGUUCAUUCGAUCAAUCAAUCGAUCAGGAUGUCGGAGAUGGCGAGCACGGAUCCCGAGGGAGUAGACGGAGUACGGAUGACAUGGAACGUGUGGCCCAGCAGCAAAGUCGAAGCAAGCAAGUGCGUGAUCCCAUUAGCGGCCACCGUCGCCGUGAUCCGCCCUCACCCCGACAUCCCUCGCCUCCCGUACUCCCCUCUCCGCUGCAAAACCUGCACCUCCGCCCUCAACCCCUUCGCCCGCGUCGACUUCACCGCCAAGAUCUGGAUCUGUCCGUUCUGCUAUCAACGCAACCAUUUCCCUCCUCACUACAACGCCAUCUCCGAGACCAAUCUCCCCGGUGAACUCUACCCUCAAUACACCACCGUCGAAUACACCCUCCCUCCUCCUCACUCCGAUCCUUCCUCCUCCUCCUCCUCCUCCCCGGUGUUCCUCUUCCUCCUCGACACCUGCCUCAUCGCCGAGGAGAUCGGUUUUCUCAAAUCCGCUCUCAGUCAGGCAAUUGAGCUUUUACCCGACAAUGCCCUCGUCGGUUUCAUCUCGUUUGGGACUCAGGUUCAGGUUCAUGAAUUAGGUUUCUCUGAUAUCUCAAAGGUUUAUGUCUUCCGAGGUUCUAAGGACAUUCCCAAGGAUCAGAUUUUAGAGCAGCUUGGUCUUGCUUCUGCUUCUGCUUCUGCUAGGAGACCGCAGAAAGUUGCACCUUCCUCCAAUUCGCUCGUCUCGCGCUUCUUGAUGCCUGCGUCGGAUUGUGAAUACACUCUCAAUGCGCUGCUCGACGAAUUGCAAACCGAUCAGUGGCCGGUUCCACCUGGCCGCCGCCCCGCUCGCUGUACUGGUGUUGCCUUGAGUGUUGCUGCCGGUUUGCUUAGUGCUUGUAAUCCUGGGACGGGGGCUAGAAUCAUAGCUUUGGUUGGGGGACCCUGCACAGAAGGACCCGGCACGAUUGUGUCAAAAGACCUGUCAGACCCUGUGCGCUCUCAUAAGGAUCUCGAUAAAGACGCAGCACCAUUCUUUAAGAAAGCAGUCAAAUUCUAUGAGAGUCUCGCGAAACAGCUUGUUAGCCAGGGUCAUGUUUUGGAUCUUUUUGCAUCAGCACUUGACCAGGUUGGAGUUGCAGAAAUGAAAGUUGUGGUUGAAAGAACUGGUGGCCUUGUUGUCCUGGCUGAAAGUUUUGGUCAUUCAGUCUUCAAGGACUCUUUUAAGCAUGUUUUUGAGGAAGGGGAGCAAUCUCUUGGACUUUGUUUUAAUGGAACAUUUGAGAUAAAUUGUUCAAAGGAAAUCAAAAUUCAGGGAAUAAUUGGACCUUGCACGUCGUUGGAAAAGAAAGAGCCUUCUGUUUCUGAUACUGUUAUAGGAGAGGGGAACACAACUGCAUGGAAGAUGUGUGGUCUUGACAAGAGUACGUGCUUGACUGUGUUGUUUGAUCUUUCAUCAAGUGAUCGUUCAAACACUCCAGGUGGUGCCAACCAACAACUGUACCUGCAGUUCCUUACAAGUUACCAGGCGCCAGAUGGUCAAUUAGUGCUUCGUGUCACAACAGUAACCAGAAGAUGGGUAGACAGUUCUGUUAGCUCUGAGGAAUUGGUUCAAGGAUUUGACCAAGAAACUGCUGCAGUGGUAAUGGCUAGAUAUGCUUCUCUGAAGAUGGAGACUGAGGAAACAUUUGAUGCCACACGGUGGUUGGAUAGGUUCCUCAUCCGGCUCUGUUCCAAGUUUGGUGACUACCGCAAGGAUGAUCCAUCAUCUUUUACAUUAAACCCGUCGUUUUCGCUGUUCCCCCAGUUUAUGUUCAAUCUUCGACGCUCACAGUUUGUACAGGUUUUUAACAACAGUCCAGAUGAGACUGCAUACUUCCGCAUGUUGUUAAACCGGGAAAAUAUUAGUAAUGCAGCCGUCAUGAUUCAGCCAUCUCUAAUAUCAUAUUCAUUUAAUUCACUGCCUGCACCAGCAUUGUUAGAUGUGGCUUCCAUUGCCGCAGACCGGAUUCUGUUGCUAGAUUCAUAUUUCAGUGUGGUUAUUUUUCACGGGAUGACAAUAGCUCAGUGGCGCAACUUGGGAUACCAGAACCAACCAGAACACCAGGCAUUUGCCCAGCUAUUACGAGCUCCACAUGAUGAUGCCCAAAUGAUAAUCAGAGAACGGUUCCCUGUCCCUAGAUUGGUAGUUUGUGAUCAACAUGGUUCCCAGGCUAGAUUUUUGUUAGCAAAGCUGAAUCCCUCAGCAACAUAUAAUAGUGCACAUGAGAUGGCUGCUGGUUCAGAUGUAAUCUUUACUGAUGAUGUGAGCCUUCAAGUUUUCUUUGAGCAUCUGCAAAGGCUGGCUGUCCAAUCUUGACAGCAGAUAAUUGUAGAGACAUACAGUUUAGGGUUCUGGACUUUUUGGUUUGGGGAAUUCACCAAUGAUGUGUGUCCUGCCAUAUGCUGUUGCAUUCAGUUAUUUUCCUUUCUUUCCUAUAUUCUUAACGAAGUGAAGGUCGGAGGCCUGCAUAAAUUGAGGAAUAACGAAGGAAGACCUGAAACAUGAUUCUUUGAGGUUCUGGUGGAAUUUUGUUUAAUGGAGAAAAUAAAUGGUUCAAAAGUAUGUAGAGUUUGGUUAUUGCGGAAAGAAGGGAUCGAGAUUCGAGUUAACAGCUACCUCUGCCACAGCAGUAUAGCAAAUGAGGGAGAUAUUUAUCUCAUUUUUUUUUUCAGAUUUGUUUUGUCCUGGAUAUUAAUUUUGGGUUCCUCAUCUGGUAAAUUCAUAUAGUUGUUUACAUUUACAUGCUCCCUAGGUUGCAAAGUAACUUAAGUCAUUUUGUCAUGUUGGAGUUUGAAAGCAUACCUCUUCAUAUUGUUUUGUAUUGUAUAUUGAGAAGUAAUGCAUACAGGACUCAUCGUGGUGAAUGAAUGCUGUGAUCCCUGUUUA